AUGGACAACUUCCACAGUGAGAAUAGGGGAACUAUACCAACAGGCACUAGGUGGCGCUCUUCUAAAUGGUUCAACAUCGUGAUCGUUCUUAUCGCUUUGUUUAGCGAGACCUUUCUCUAUGGAUUCAUCGUCCCAAUAUUAGGACCUAUGAUCAAAGAUCGCCUACACAUAGAUCCAUCUCGCAUACAGCAGCUCACCUCUGCUGUCCUUGCCCUUCAUGGGGCUAUUUCCGUUAUUUCGGGCCCUAUUAUUGGACAUUUCGCUGAUAAAAUGGAAAGCAGCAGAGUACCGCUCCUUGUCUCAAUGCUUGGGUGCAUCAUCGGCACUCUAAUGGUCGCAAGUGCUCAUUCCGUUACUGUACUCUUGGUCGGCCGAUCUCUGCAAGGCAUAUCGGAGUCUAUGGUGUGGAUUGUCGGUUUCACAACUGUGACAGAAUUAGUUGAUAACGACCAAAUGGGCUCAGUUAUGGGGCUCUUGGCGUCCUUUGUCAGCACCGGGAUGCUCGCCGGGCCUAUAGCCUCUGGGUUUUUGUUGGAGACUACAGAAUACUGGGUCAUGUGGUCCGUACCGCUCUUGGUUUUGGCUUUGAACCUUCUCGCACGCCUAAUUAUGGUCGAGCCCUCGCCGGAGAAAGUCUGCGAGCCUGAGUGUAUGGGAGAGACUACGAGCUUGCUGUCUGAUCAGGAAGAGACACAAAAUUUGUCCACUGGCUCGAACUUUUGGAAGGUGAUGCUGUGUGACAGCCGCGUGAUUACAAUUUUGCUACUGAGCAUCACGAGCACAACUGUUAGCACGAGCUUCCAUGCAACACUGCCUCUCCAUGUGCAAGAGGCAUUCGGAUGGGGUCCCAGCAUGACUGGACUCCUCUUUGCGUGUCUCAUCUUGCCAGUCCUUUUCGUCGGUCCUCUUGCUGGCUGGGUCCGCGAUAAGUUUGGGGCACGAUUCCCUGCUACGGCCUCAUUAGUUCUUCAAGCUGGGAUGCUGGAUGUAGCAGGAGUUUCUGGAAACAAACAUUUCCCAUGGGCUAGCACUCAACCGAUUGGACGAGCACUUUAUGUUGUCUCGCUUCUUGCUGUCGGUACACUGAGACCAUUUAUGUCGGCUGUGGGACCCGCCGAGUUGUCUACUAUUGUAAAAGAAUAUCAAGCCAGAACCCCAGGCAUCUUUGGCCCCCAGGGUGGCCUUUCUCGAGUGUUUUCUAUGAUUGACGUUUCUGUCAGUUUGGGAAUGAUGCUCGGUCCAAUCAUUGGAGGCUUUCUUACGGAAGUAGUCGGCUAUACUUAUAUGAAUUGCGCCUUUAGUAAGUAA